AUCAACUGUGAGAUCAACAUUGACGACUGUAAGAGUAACCCAUGUGACUACGGCAAAUGCAUUGACAAGAUAAACGGCUAUGAGUGUGUGUGUGAGCCCGGAUACACAGGUUCAAUGUGUAACAUCAACAUUGACGACUGUGCGUUGAACCCCUGUCAUAAUGGGGGAACCUGCAUCGAUGGAGUCAACACCUUCACCUGUCUCUGUCCAGAUGGUUUCCGUGAUGCCACCUGCCUCUCUCAACACAAUGAGUGUUCCAGCAACCCCUGUAUCCAUGGCAACUGCCAGGCAACUGCCAAUUAGUCCUAACUGCCAGACUAACAUUAAUGAGUGUGCGUCCAACCCAUGCCUGAACCAGGGCAGAUGUAUCGACGAUGUGGCUGGAUUCAAGUGUAACUGCUUACUGCCUUACACGGGUGAGGUGUGUGAAAGUGUCUUGGCCCCCUGUGCAUCACGCCCUUGUAAGAACGGAGGGGUGUGUCACGAAUCGGAAGAUUAUCUGAGUUUCUCUUGCGCCUGCCCUGCUGGAUGGCAAGGUCAGAUGUGUGAGGUGGACAUUAAUGAAUGUGUGAGGAAUCCUUGUACUAACGGAGGUGUAUGUGAGAACUUGUACGGUAGAUUUCAGUGCCACUGUAACCCGGGAUUCACCGGAGAUCUGUGCGAGACUGAUAUCGACGACUGCGCACCAAAUCAUUGCAGUAAUGGCGGUGUGUGUCAGGACCAUGUGAAUGGCUUUGUGUGUGUGUGUUUGGCUGGUUUCCACGGAGAGCGCUGCACAGAGGACAUUGACGAGUGUGUGAGUGGCCCCUGCCGCAACGGAGGGAACUGCACCGACUGUGUCAACAGCUACACCUGCAGCUGUCCUGUUGGAUUUAGCGGCAUCAACUGUGAAAUCAACACACCGGACUGCACUGAGAGCUCAUGUUUUAAUGGCGGCACAUGUGUGGAUGGCAUAAACUCGUUCUCCUGCGCGUGUUUGCCGGGAUUUACCGGAAAUUACUGCCAGCAUGAUGUGAACGAGUGCGACUCGCAGCCGUGCCAAAAUGGAGGUACCUGUCAGGACGGAUACGGCACCUACAAAUGCACCUGCCCGCACGGCUACACUGGUCUCAACUGCCAGGGUCUGGUACACUGGUGUGACUCCAUCCCCUGUAAGAACGGUGGCUCGUGUUGGCAGCAGGGGGCAUCUUUUACCUGCCAGUGUGCCAGUGGCUGGACGGGCAUCUACUGUGACGUGCCCAGUGUCAGCUGUGAGGUUGCCGCCCAACAGCAAGGAGUUUCCGUAGCGGUUCUGUGUCGUAAUGCGGGUCAGUGUGUUGACGUUGGGAACACGCACCUGUGCAGGUGUCAGGCCGGAUACACGGGCAGCUACUGUCAGGAGCAGGUGGAUGAGUGUAUGCAGAACCCCUGCCAGAACGGAGCCACCUGCAACGAUUACCUGGGAGGAUACAGCUGUGAAUGUGCUCCUGGAUAUUAUGGUGUGAACUGCAGUAAGGAGGUAAACGAGUGUUUGUCGCAACCCUGCCAGAAUGGAGGAACCUGCAUCGACCUCAUCAACACAUACAAAUGCUCCUGCCCACGAGGAACGCAAGGUGUUCACUGUGAGAUUGACGUUGACGACUGUUCCCCGGCCGUGGAUCCGUUAACCGGCGAGCCUCGAUGCUUCAACGGCGGCCGUUGCGUGGACCGUGUUGGCAGUUAUGGUUGCGUGUGUCUGCCCGGUUUCGUUGGCGAGCGCUGUGAGGGUGACGUUAACGAGUGCCUGUCUGACCCUUGUGACCCCAACGGAUCCUACAACUGCGUCCAGCUCAUCAAUGACUUCCGCUGCGAAUGUCGUACAGGAUACAUGGGCAAACACUGUGAAACUGUGUUUAAUGGCUGUAAAGACACACCAUGCAAAAAUGGAGGAACAUGUGCUGUAGCCAGCAACACUAAACACGGAUACAUCUGCAAAUGUCAACCGGGCUACUCUGGCUCCUCCUGCGAAUACGAUGCCCAGUCCUGCGGAACUUUGCAUUGUCGUAACGGUGCUACCUGCGUCUCCGGCCACCUUAGUCCCCGCUGUUUAUGCCCACCGGGCUUUAGCGGGCACGAGUGCCAAACACGGAUGGACUCGCCCUGUCUGAUCAACCCCUGCUAUAACGGAGGCACUUGCCAACCAAUCAACGAGGCUCCGUUCUACCACUGUUCCUGCCCUGUCAACUUCAACGGGCUGCUUUGUCACAUCCUUGACUACUCCUUCAAUGGUGGGCAGGGCCGUGAUAUAGCCCCACCUCCAGAGGUGGAGAUUCGAUGUGAAAUCGCUCAGUGCGAAGGCAGGGGUGGUAACGCAAUCUGCGAUACACAGUGUAACAAUCACGCAUGUGGGUGGGACGGCGGCGACUGCUCUCUGAAUUUCGACGACCCAUGGCAGAACUGUAGCGGUGCCCUGCAGUGCUGGAGGUACUUUAACGACGGAAAAUGCGAUGAGCAGUGCGCUAAUUCGGGCUGCCUUUACGAUGGAUUUGACUGCCAAAGACUAGAAGGACAGUGCAAUCCACUGUAUGAUCAAUACUGUAAGGAUCAUUAUGCAGAUGGUCACUGUGAUCAGGGCUGUAAUAACGCUGAGUGCGAAUGGGACGGUCUUGACUGUGCUGAGGAUGUUCCACAGAAACUCGCUGCGGGAAGUCUGGUUCUCGUGGUGCACAUUCCACCCGAGGAGCUUCACAACCGUUCCUCGUCAUUCCUCCGUGAGCUCAGUGGACUGCUGCAUACGAAUGUUGUGUUCCGUCGCAACGAUAAUGGAGAACCGCUCAUUUUGCCAUACUACGGUAACGAGCAUGAGCUGAGUAAACACAAACGUGCCGAUUGGACCGACCCUGCCCAGCUGUUGCAGCGUGCCAGGAGGAGCCUGACGUCAUUCAUUAAGCCCCGCCUACGACGAGAACUGGACCAAAUGGAGAUCAAAGGGUCUAUCGUCUAUCUAGAAAUCGACAAUCGUCAGUGUUAUCAGCAAUCUGACGAGUGUUUCCAGAGUGCUACAGAUGUGGCAGCAUUUCUUGGAGCGUUGGCCUCUAGUGGGAAUCUCAAUGUUCCCUACAUUAUUGAGGCUGUAACCAGUGAGAAUGAACCUCCGAAGACAGAUGAGAUGUACCCCAUGUUCCUGGCGCUGCUCGCUUUGGCCGUUCUGGCCCUGGUGGCUGUAGGUGUCGUGAUGUCCAGGAAGCGCAAACGGGAACAUGGACAGCUGUGGUUUCCAGGGGGAUUUAAAGUGACCGAACCCAAAAAGAAACGAAGAGAACCGGUGGGAGAGGAUUCUGUCAGACUCAAGCCUCUAAAACAUUCUGACAGCUCUCUGAUGGACGAACAGUUGAACAAGUGGGCAGAAGAUGACGCUGUUAAACGCUUUAGUUCUUUUGAGGAGCAGUCCAUUCUGGAUAUGACGGGUCAGCUGGAUCAUCGUCAGUGGACACAACAGCAUCUGGACGCCGCUGACCUGCGUUUGAACUCUAUGGCUCCAACACCUCCACAAGGCGAGAUCGAGAACGAUUGCAUGGACGUCAACGUCCGCGGGCCUGAUGGCUUCACUCCGCUAAUGAUUGCGUCCUGCAGUGGCGGCGGUCUUGAGAAUGAAAAUGGCGAGGGAGAAGACGAUCCGUCUGCUGACGUCAUCACUGACUUCAUCUACCACGGUGCCAACCUGCACAAUCAGACAGACCGCACGGGCGAGACCGCGCUACACCUGGCUGCCCGCUACGCCCGCUCUGAUGCAGCCAAACGCCUGCUGGAGUCGAGUGCCGAUGCUAACGUUCAGGAUAACAUGGGCCGCACGCCUCUCCACGCUGCUGUUGCUGCUGAUGCCCAGGGUGUCUUCCAGAUUCUGAUCCGAAACCGAGCGACAGAUCUGGACGCCCGCAUGCAUGACGGAACGACCCCGCUGAUCCUGGCCACCAGAUUGGCUGUUGAGGGAAUGGUGGAUGAGCUCAUUAACUGCCAUGCAGAUCCAAAUGCGAUAGAUGAUUCUGGUAAAUCAGCUCUUCACUGGGCGGCCGCAGUUAAUAAUGUAGAUGCUGCUGUCUUUCUUUUGAAAAAUGGUGCAAAUAAAGACCUACAGAAUAACAAGGAGGAGACGCCUCUAUUCCUGGCCGCUCGUGAGGGCAGUUACGAAACCGCAAAAGUCCUGCUCGAUCACCUGGCCAACCGUGACAUUGCUGAUCACCUGGAUCAACUCCCUCGAGAUAUCGCACAGGAACGCAUGCACCACGACAUCGUCCGUCUAUUAGACGAAUACAGCCUGGUCCGCAGUCCACCGCUGCCCCUAUCGCCGCCCCUCUGUUCUCCGAACACCUACCUGGGAAUCAAACCCAGUCCGGGUGGUGCCAACAACAACACCAUGGCCAAGAAGGCACGGAAACAGGGAGGUAAAGUUGUAGGAGGGAAGGAUGGAGGUAAAGAGAUGAGAAUUAAAAAGAAGAAGGGUGGAGAGGGCAAGAAUGGAGGCAUCAUGGAAGUGGGCGUUCUCUCGCCAGUUGGUUCGCUGGAGUCGCCUCACGGUUACUUAUCUGACGUGUCCUCACCACCCAUGAUGACAUCACCAUUUCAACAGUCCCCACCCAUCACUUUGAAUCAACUUCAAGGAUUGGCCGACUCCCACAUGGGCGGAGCUCAUCAGAGUAUGGGCAAGCCGUUUGACCCUGUACCUCCUCGCUUAUCCCAUCUCCCAGUGGCUAACAAUGGGGGCGGGGCUCAAACGGGGGCUUGUGAUUGGCUGCAGAGGGUGCAACAACAGCAGGCAGGUUUCCAGGCUCUUAUACCCACACUGCACCCUGCCACCACCAUGCCGCAGGUCAUGGGCUAUCCGACGAUGCAAAGCAGCCAUCUUGGCACGCCAUCGCACAUGAUACCUAACCACGCCCACCAGAAUAUUGUGACCUUGCAGCACCAAAACUCUAGCUCCGCCCUCUCGCACCACUUCCUGGGAGACCUGAGUGGGCUGGGUCUUCAGUCAGGCUCAGGACACGCCCCCAUCCAGACCAUGCUGCCGCAGGAGACCCAGCGCAUGGCUCUGCCCAUUUCUAGCACGCAAUUCCUAACUCCGCCUUCUCAGCAUAGUUAUUCCAACCCCAUGGACAACAUGCCCAACCACCAACCGCAAGUUCCUGACCACCCUUUCCUCACGCCCUCCCCUGGCUCUCCUGACCAAUGGUCUAGCUCGUCUCCACAUUCCAACUUGUCUGAUUGGUCAGAGGGGAUCUCAAGCCCGCCCACCAGUAUGCAGAUGAACCAUAUCCCCGAGGCCUUUAAGUAGGCGGGGCUUCAGCCUCAAGAAGCUAGUUGCAAAAGGACUGAAUUUACAGAAUAGUCUCUUUAAAUGAUUUUAUAUAUUGAUAAGAACUAAUUAAUUUUGUAUGCUAAGAACCAUUUUUAUUGAUUUUUGUAUUUAUUUAUGUGCUUUUUUGACUAAAGAUAUGAGCUAUUUUUUAUUUAUACCAUUUAUUUCUAUUUUUGUUUUGAUUAUUAACUGCUCAGAAAUUAUUAUGAUGCUGCCAGAAUUUUUUUGUAUUAAUUUUGGUGUUACUGUUUUGAAUAAAAAUUUCAUUAUUCGACUUUUAUAUGAUCCUUUUUUACCAAUUUUGAAGUAGAAAAAGAGUCUUAAUAUUGUCAUGCACUCAUAUGGACACGUGCACACAUACAUGCACAUACCCUCCACAAAUAUGUUUUUGUACUUGAAAGAGAGUCAUUUAUGGAUGAGUUAUGCUAUGUUACUGAUUAUUGUCUCUACACUGUUCACUGAACACAAGCCAUCAAUAGGUUUGUGAUGGAACUGUUCUGAGUUUGUGUAGAACCCAAAUGUUUAUCCCAUGGUACCUUGCUUCAGGUGUUUUGGGGAACUUUUUCGCAUGUAGCAUAGUGAUCACUGUUAUUUAUUGCCUGCUGUAGACAUGUAGUACAUAUUCUAGACAUGUAUAUGAGUGUGUGUGUGUGCGUGCGUGCGUGAGAGAGAUGGGUAAAAUAAUGCAGAUGUUUGUAAAAGUGUGUUUGUGUGUCACAAUGUGGUGACAUCAUCAGGUUCCAGACUUAUGUUUUAUAAAUGCAGAUCAGAUGUUGUAAUGUUACUGAUGACAUAAAAAGACCUAUAUGCUUAUAGUUUGUGUGGAGAAAAAAAAGUAUUUUGUUCAAUAAUUUUGUAAAAUAUCCUUCCUUGACACAAUAAAGGACACCUUUUGGUGACAUUACUUU